UAUGCCAUUUUGCUAAUGUAUCAUAUAUAAUUUUAUAUAUUUGAUUUGUAAAGUAUAUUUAUCUGAGUCCAGUAAGUAGAGUAAUUUGUGAUUUUUAUGUCUUUCAGUUAUGUGUUCUCAUUGCACCCAAGACCUUCAGCCACAGCAGGGCAUAAAAGAUUCACUCCAAAAAGUAAUACCAAGAACAUAUGAAAAAUGUGGAAAUGAGAAUUUACAAUUUAAAAAAUGCUGUAAAAGUGUGGGUGAGUGUGAGGUGCACAAAGGAGGUUAUAAUGAUGUUAACCAAUGUUUGUCAACUACCCAAAACAAAAUAUUUCAGACUCAUAAAUAUGUCAAAGUCUUUGGUAAAUUUUCAAAUUCCAGUAAGCAUAAGACAAGACAUACUGGAAAGAAUCAUUUCAAAUGUAAAAAAUAUGGCAAAUCAUUUUGCAUGCUUUCACACCUAAAUCAACAUCAAGUAAUUCAUACUAGGGAGAAGUCUUACAAAUGUGAAGAAUGUGGCAAAGCCUUUAACUGCUCCUCAUACUGUACUAAACAUAAAAGAAUUCAUAUUGGAGAGAAACCCUACAGAUGUGAGGAAUGUGGCAAAGCCUUUCGCUGGUCCUCAAACCUUAGUAGACAUAAGAGAAUUCAUACUGGAGAGAAACUCUUCACAUGUGAAGGAUGUGACCAAGCCUUUAGCCGGUCCUCAGCCCUUAAGAAACAUAACCAAAUUCAUACUGGAGGGAAACCCUACACAUGUGAAGAAUGUGGCAAAGCCUUUAGGCGCUCCUCAGCACUUACUAAACACAAGAGAAUUCAUACUGGAGAGAGACCCUACAAAUGUGAAGAAUGGGAAGAAUGUGGCAAAGCCUUUAGCUUUUCCUCAGCCCUCACUGACCACAAGAGAAUUCAUACUAGAGAGAGACCCUACAUAUGUGAAGAAUGCGGCAAAGCCUUUAACUGCUCCUCAACCCUAAGAAGCAUAAGAGAAUUCAUACCGAGAGAACCUACACAUAGAAUUCAUACUGGAGAGAGACCCUACACAUGUGAAGAAUGUGGCAAAGCCUUUAACUGCUCCUCAACCCUUAAGAAGCAUAAGAGAAUUCACACUGGAGAGAAACCGUACAAAUGUGAAGAAUGUGGCAGAGCUUUUACAUGGCAUUCAAGUUUUGCUAUACAUAGGAUACGUCAUACUGGAGAGAAACCCCACAAAUGUGAAUAA